AUGGCCAUGACAAAGGAGACGCAAAUCGCUCUGAAGAAUAUAAGAGAACAUUCGUUUCGGUUGAAUGAAGUCGUCGCUGGCUAUGCUGGUCCCAGACGAGCCGGAAUAUUGGUACCGAUUUUCAUUAAUGAGGAUGGGGAGCUAGAUGUUCUGUUAACAGUCCGAUCUUCGAAUCUGGGGAGCCAUUCUUCAGAAGUGAGCUGCCCCGGUGGAAAAUUCGACUCUGCUGACUCAGAUAUAGUCGAGACUGCUUUGAGAGAGGCAGAGGAAGAAGUGGGAUUGAGCAGAGAUGAAGUCAGCAUCCUGAACAGCAUCCACCCAACUGUGUCGAGGAAUAUACUGAUUGUUAGUCCGGUUAUUGGGUUGAUACCAUCGGACUUCAUCGGUCGUGCGUCGCCCAAUCCGUCGGAAGUGGAUCGCGUAUUUUCGAUCUCGCUAAAAUCCAUUUUUCAAAACCACGAUCAUACUCAUGUGGAUAUGAAUUGGCUUAAUGAACCUUGGCGUAUGCACAGUUUUCAGAGAAGCAAUGAACGAGUUUGGGGUUUAACUGCCAACGUUAUACUUCGAGUAGCUGAGAUCGCAUUUUCGGGAACGCAAGUGAAAUGUGAAUUCCAUGUGAGAAUGCCCGGUCAGCCAAUAGAGGACGUGUCUAUAAGAUUUGAUGACUUUCUGGCGAAUGUCAAUAAAGCUGAAGAAUUGUGA